AUUAAUUAUAAUUAAACAGUUUGAUAAGUUCUGUUGUUGAUGUUGAAUGAGAUAAGACAGACGUACAUACUUUAGUAGUGGCAAUGUUUUAUUAAAAAGUGAUUUAUUUUUAUAAAACAAUUAUAAUCAUGAAUCCAUUACAAUUAUUUUUAAUAACAUGCGUUACCUUGCUAACAUUAAAAUUAUUGGAUAUUUGGUGGAAAUAUGCACGCAUGCAUUGGUCCAAACGAAUUAGGAAACAUGUUCAAAAUAUACCGGGACCAUCACAAAUACCAAUUAUAGGUAGUAUGCAUCAUAUUGCUGGCUCACCUGAAAUCAUUUGGCUUAAAUUAAGAAAAUUAUGUGUACAAUAUCCAAAGAUUUUCAAACUUUGGGGCUUGAAUCGUGUCUCAGUGUUCUUAUUGGAUCCUGAAUAUGUGGAGGCAAUAUUAACGGAUAAUAAAAACUUAAUGAAGAGUGAAGCGUACGACAUGUUGACUGUAUGGUUGGGAGAAGGACUUCUUACCAGUACUGGAGAUAAAUGGAGAACAAGACGAAAAAUUCUAACACCUGCAUUUCAUUUUAAUAUUUUAAAAGGAUUUAUCCCAAUAUUUGAAGGUCAAAGUGAACACUCAAUGGAGGACAUUGAUAAAGAAUGCCCCAAGUCUGAAUCGAAUGUGAUACCAAUCAUUGUAAAGCAUUCUUUAUAUUCUUUAUGUGAAACCACAAUGGGCUUAAAUAUUGAAUCGGAACAGAAAGGAAUUCAAACAUAUAAGAGCAACAUUCAUGAAUUUGGUGAUAUAUUUACGGAUCGCAUGGCAAAACCAUGGUUCUAUUCCGAAAUAACUUAUGCAUUUACCCCACAACGUUGGCGAUUAUACACGAUUAUCAAAUCGUUACGAACAUUUACAAGUAAUGUGAUCAAAGAACGUCUAACAAAUUGGGAUUUAACACAAGUCCAACAUACAAAAAAUUUGGAUACCGGCAAAUAUAAAUUACCAAUGAUGGACUUGUUGAUCAAACAAAUGAAACUGGAUAAUAGUUUAUCGUACGAAGAUAUUCGAGAAGAAGUCGAUACUUUUAUGUUUGAAGGACACGAUACCACAUCGAUGGGUUUAUCUUUGUUUUUAAUGCUCCUAGCAAAUCAUCCUGAAAUACAAAACAAAAUUUAUGAAGAAAUGAAGACAAUUUUUGGUGAUUCCAAAAGACAAGCAACCUACGAUGACUUAAUGGAAAUGACAUAUCUUGAACGUUGUAUUAAAGAAAGCCUUCGACUGUAUCCUGCUGUUCCAGUGGUUGGGCGAACGCUUACAGAAGAUUUGGUACUUAAGGAUUACGUUUUACCUGCAGGAAUUUAUGUAUAUGUAUUAAUAUAUGAUUUACAUCGUAAUCCAAAUUAUUGGCCAAAUCCAAAUAAAUUUGAUCCCGAUAGAUUUUUACCAGAAAAUUCGGUGAAGCGAAAUCCUUUCACGUAUGUUCCAUUUAGUGCUGGUCCAAGAAAUUGUAUUGGUCAAAAAUUUGCUAUAUUAGAAAUGAAAUCAUUUGUUUCGAAAAUAAUCCAAGAAUAUAUUUUAGAACCAGUCGAUACUCCACAAACUGUUUCACUUAAAACAGAUGUAGUGAUUCGUCCCUCUAAGCCGGUGCGCGUUAAGUUUCGUAAACGACUAUGAUGGUAUUUUUAUUAAAAAUUUUGUAGGCAAAUUUAAAAUUUUAUUAA